AUGCGUGCCGCUAGUAUCCUCGCUCGGCGUUUGGCUCUUUCGUCAGGCCGCCGCGCGGUAUCCUCGUCCCACGGCCACAGUCACAACUACCCGCACGGAAUGCACUUUCACGUCAGCGCCGUGCACAAAAAUCUGGCUCUGGCCUACGGCACGAUGCUCUGGCUCUGGGUCUUUUGGCGGGCCAAGCAUGACGGCCUUGCCGUUCUGGGUCUCGAACACCCCUGGGAUCACCACGGUCAUCACGACGAAACACACGCCGAGGGGGCUUCUAAAGGCAGCUAUCUGCUUGUGGACGGUAAGAUUCAGUACGAACGCUCGGAGAUUGGUGUCAUGCCUACGCCCAUUGAGAUAAAUGGCGAAAUGGAGAGUGAGGAGAGUGAAGAGGCUGCUUUUGACGUCAUGGACGACCUGCACGAUAAAGACGAGGAGUGA